UCCCCCUUGUUUUUGGUCGGGUUCCCAUUUCGGGAGGUGAACAUCGGACUACUGCAACUCACUGGAGUGUUACUUACUCACUUGGUUCACUUACUUUCUUUUUUAUUGGAAACACCGCCCCUCUCUUUCUCUUGCACACACUCUCCCAAACAAUCCAUUCUCUCUCACUUGUCAUACCAUCAACACUGUACAACUUCACUCCGUCUUACACAGAGCCGCAGGUUGAGCUUGCGACACCUGAGGGAAUCCCUUUUACGCCCAACCUGACCCUGUUCUCCGCGUGGGGGGGUUGGUGGGAGACGAGCUGCGGGGUGACCGACGGGUUGCAGAGCCAAGAUCUCUGAUCCCGAUCGAGAGAAACGUGGACGGUUUUCGCUACUCCUGUGUGACUUCCGGUGCCAAUCAGGCCUCCUCCAGUUACAUUGCGUCCUGGUUUUGUCUACUGCCAUUCUGUUGCCUUUCCGCGGCUUGCGCGAAGCUCUUGCGGUCGAGUUGUCGGCUUCCGAACGAGGCGCCCCAUGAAACGGCAAUGCCUAAUCAGAGUGGAUCUGAUAUCUCUUUGACCUCGAGCUUGUCAGUAUGCCCAGGUGACUGCGAUACGAGGCCCGGCUCGUCAUCAUGUGACACUCUGGCCGCGUCGCAACAUCGUCGGCCUUCUUACUCCACCCCAGAAGGCGUCCCGGUGACAAGGGAUCAGCAAUCGGUGUUGAGCGAGACUGAUGCGGCCUCAAGUGCUUUCGACCCGACGGACCCGGGUAUCUCUGCCAUCAUGGCGCUGCCACAAUACCCGAGCGUCGCUACCAAUGAAGCCAACUUUUUGGCUGUCUCCGAGGUCGUAAAUGCCGUGAUCGACCGCGAUUCCUAUUUCCGCCGUGCAGGGGAAGGGGAUGAGGGAACCGUCCAUCGUCACUCAUCGCCACCCACCGACCUGUACAUGUCAGAUUCAGAGAUGACAGAUGUAUUGUCCGACCUGGGCGGGGUACCGCUCGCGCCAUAUGAGAACGGGCAACUCGGCAUGGAGACACUGGUUCACCACCUGAUCGAUCACGCAACAGCCAGGCGCGCCAUCUCUACGAUUUCGGAAGAUAGUGAAGACGAAGACGACGAUGCCGCAGCUCUGAUAACAAACUACGACACCCCCGUGAAUCAAAAUCCAUCCACCCCAAUCUCGGAGCAGGACGAUCUCCUGGACGACGCAGAGAAGUUCUACUCGGAUGAGGAUGGCAGCAACUACGAUGAAGACUUCGCUGACCAAUCCGAAGUCUACCAGGCUGGGGACUUAUCGGAGGUUGAUUACGACGAUUUCUAUCGAGGCUCAGAUCAUGACCUGGGCUCGCAGGCAACAGAAGUCACAGGUCAUGACGACCACAACUACCCCUCCGAUGGUGAGGAUUGGAGUGGUGGAGAUUUGACUGGCGAUCCCCGCUUUCCUGCCUCCGUCAUACACGGAACCACCCAUGAAAGAAACUUUACUAUCGACCAGUUUAUCUCUCAGUGGCUUGUCCAGUCGACGGCGGCCUCGAUACCGAGUCUUCCGGUUCUUUCGACGGCGAUGCCGCCAAGUCCCAUCUCCAAUAUCCUUGGCUGGAAUCCUCCAGCAAAGAUCGCACGGCCGAGUGGGUACACAGGAGACUUUUAUGACAUCCAACAGAUCCCCUGGUGGGAGACCUUACGAGUCAAGCGAGCAGACGCCCGGGAGCUACGAGACCUCUGGUAUACGUCAUACCAUAAUUUAGAGUACUCGAAUCAACGGCCGGGGUUGCGACUGUCUCAGGAGGAGUUCUACUUCCGGGAAAAGGCUAUGUACACCAAGCAUAAAGCUACGAUCGAGCACUUUCAACUCCGGAACUUGAUGUCGGUUGCCGCCUACAACACGGUGCAUUUUGCCCAAGAGUCGAAAGUGUAUUCCUGGGUGCCUGCGUAUGACGAUGUGAGCUGCUUGAUCGACUUGUCCAAGCCGUCCGCCGAAUCCGGAUUCCACGCGCCUGUGAAGAUCUCUACUAUGAAAUCAGCUCACGACGUUGCCAUCGCUGGUGGAUUUGCAGGUGAAUAUGCUGUGCGAGCAUCGGGCACGCAGGAGGGUGGUGUGGAAGGAUUCGUGACGAAGGACCCCAACGGGAUCACCAACCAUAUCGAUGUCGUCCCCAGUCGCACGAGCCGGUCGCCGAUGGGUAUCUUUGCCUCCAACGACCGACACCUCCGCGUGCUAGACGUGGAGACCAAUACCUUCAUUGCAGAUCAAGAGCUGUCGCGCGCCAUCAAUUGUACGGCCACGUCGCCAGAUGGACGUUUGCGGUGUGUCAUCGGCGACUCGCCCGACGCUUGGGUCGUCGAGGCAGAUACGGGACGACCGGUACAUCCCCUCCGAGGCCAUCGCGAUUUUGGGUUUGCGUGCGCGUGGUCUCCCGAUAUGCGACACAUCGCAACCAGCAACCAAGAUAAGACAGUGAUCAUCUGGGAUGCACGGACCUGGCGCGUUCUGGAGAAGAUCGAGUCGGACGUCGCGGGGUAUCGAUCUCUCCGUUAUUCGCCGGUCGGCGGCGGCCCACGCACGCUACUGCUGUGCGAACCGGCUGAUCGCAUCUCGAUCAUCAACGCACAAACGUACCAAACGCGGCAGGUGCACGACUUCUUUGGGGAAAUCGGUGGUGCGGACUACUCUCCGGACGGUAGCGCCGUCUGGGUUGCCAAUACCGAUGAACAUUUCGGUGGAUUUAUGGAAUACGAGCGACGCCAAUGGGGACAGCGAUACGGAGUACGGGACUUGCCUAACGAAUGGGUGCGAGAGUCCGACUUAGACGAGGAUGAACGAUGCGUUCUCAGCGAACGGGAGCGACAGAUGCGUUUCUGGUGGAAUUUAAGCGACGAAGAACAUGAGGGGAUGCUAGUGGUGUAGCAGCAAUCGGCAUUGCUACCGCUUCAGGGGCUUCAUCUCCCAAAGAACCAUUGGUUGUCGAACCUUAAGAAGAUGGGGAAUAGUAUUCGACGAGGGGCAUUUCUCAGGAAAGAUGGAUUCACUAUUUGCUACGAAGGCGCUUUAUUACGGAAUCCCCACAUAUUUUAGUUUAUUUUUUAUUUUUUCUGUUCUUCUUCUUCUUUUAUGUUUUAUUGUAUCUACACAUACUGGGAGGCCUGCUGACAGCGUUACGAGAUACCACUGAAUCGAAUC